AUGCAGCAGCAGAUGGCGGCGACGGUGGAGGAGCAGAUGAUGGUGAAGGCCAUCAGGGAGGAGUCGCCGUGGGAAGCCCUCCCCAAGCGCAUCCAGGCAGCGCUCGUCUCCAAGGAGGAAUGGCACCGUAGGAUUGUGGAUUAUUGUAUACGUAAAAGGUUGCCUUGGAGCUCCUGUUUUGCCCGAAAAGUAUGCAAAGAAGGGGACUAUUAUGAGGACCUGAUGCUCUAUCUCCGUAAAAACCUUGCAUUAUAUCCAUACCAUCUUGCAGACUAUAUAUGCCGAGUAAUGAGGAUAUCACCCUUCAGAUAUUACUGUGAUGUCCUUUUCGAAGCUAUGAAGAAUGAGCAACCAUACGACAGUAUUCCAAACUUCAGUGCUGCAGAUGCUCUUAGGAUUACUGGUGUAGGAAGAAACGAAUUUAUUGAUAUCAUGAAUAAGUGCAGAUCAAAGAAGAUAAUGUGGAAACUGAACAAAUCAAUUGCGAAAGAGUUGUUGCCAGCAGAACCCACAGAUUUAGCAAUAGAACCAUGGUGGGGCGUUCGAUUUGUCAACUUCACAUUGGAAGAAUUUAAGAAGCUUUCAGAAGAUGAGACAUCGGCAAUAGACAAAAUAUGUAAGGAGGAAGUCAAUUCAUAUGUUCUAUUUGACCCGGAGGUUGUACGCGGCCUUUACAAGAGAGGGAUGGUAUACUUCGAUGUCCCUGUUUAUCCUGAUGAUCGUUUUAGAGUUUCCAGGCUUGAAGGUUUUGUUUCAAACAAGGAUCAGUCCUAUGAAGAUCCAAUUGAAGAGCUGCUAUAUGCUGUAUUCGUUGUAUCAAGUGAAAAUGCUACGGUUGCUGAAUUGGCUACAACUUUACAGGCUGACCUUUAUCAGCUCCAGGCAGCUGCAUCAUUUGCUUGUCGACUAGGAUGGGCUGUAAAGCUUUUAGAUACCGACUCUGUUCUUAGGGAUUCAAGCACUCCUGCAUUGUCCAAUAAUAUUCUUAGUGAUGAAGUUGAAAGUUCACGUACGAGUAUCGCCUCAGAAAAGUCUAGUCAUGAGUUGCUUAGUAAUGAUUCUGAUGGACACAAGAAACACUCUGGGAUGGCUUAUGUGGGCUUCAUUGUGGAUGCUAAUGUAACUUCAUACUUAAUGAUGGGUUCACUGUCUCCAGGUUUAAAGUCGCAUGCUGUAACACUAUAUGAGGCAGGAAAACUUGGUGAUUCUUGUAUUGCUGAUUUAUGCAAUGAUCUAGCCAGUUUAGAGGGAAAACGGUUUGAAGGUGUGCUGCAGGAAUUUGCAAAUCAUGCUUUUAGCCUUCGAUGCUUCCUUGAGUGUUUGUUGUCUGGCGGAACUUCAAAUGAAACAAGUGACCUGACCAGUGAAGCAAAUAAUCAGGAGAGCUCUAUGCAGGACGAUUUAGAUACCACUUCUACUAAGGAAAACAAAGAAAAUGACGGUGUUGAUGAUGCUAUUGUGAACUCAAUUCAAAUUUCGGAAUCUUCUGAUGGUGGUCAACAGGAUGAGUUAUCACCACAGGAUAACAAAAUGGGUGAUUCUGAUGCCGCAGAUGUGAAUGCAUCACCAUCUUCAUCUAUUGUAUCUGAAGGCAAGGAAAACAUACUCAAACACGAUUUUGACAACAUUCAGGCCACAAAGCUGGGUGAUUCAACUGGUAGCGGUCCAUUGUUGAAGCGUAAAAGAAGUUAUCGAGUCAACAUUCUUCGCUGUGAGAGCUUAGCUUCUCUGGGCCCAUCAACACUAGAAAGACUACUCGCUAGGGACUACGACAUUGUAGUGUCUAUGAUACCUCUUCCAUCUUCGUCGGUUCUACCCUGCCCAUCUGGUCUAGUACAUUUUGGUCCACCUUCUUACUCUUCAAUGACACCUUGGAUGAAAUUGGCAUUGUAUACAUCAGGGACCUGUGGCCCAAUAUCUGCCGUUUUUAUGAAGGGGCAGCGAUUGAGGUUGCUGCCUGAACCAUUAGCCAGCUGUGAGAAGGCACUGAUAUGGUCUUGGGAUCAAUCUGUGGUGGGUGGACUAGGGGGCAAUUUUGAAGGGAACUUAGUGAAAGGAAGCCUUCUUUUGCAUUACUUGAACUCAAUGACAAAACAUUCUGCUGUGAUAGUGCAGCCAUUAAGCAUAGAUGAUCUUGAUGAAACAGGAAACAUUAUCACCAUGGAUGUCCCGUUGCCAUUGAAAAAUGCCGAUGGGUCAAUCUCAUCCACAAUAGUAGGCACUGACUUGCCGGAGAAACAAGUCUCAAAUUUGAUUUUGUUAUUAGAAGACUUGUCCAGUAAAGUUGAGUUGAGCACAGUUGGGUACCUCCGAUUACUAAGGCUUCACAAGGUAAAUGAAUCCCACGAAACUCCCGAGGAUGAAAGUUUUGAAUGGGUGCCUUUGACGAUAGAAUUUGGCAUCCCUUUGUUUAGUCCACAGUUAUGUGAAAAGAUCUGCGAAAGGGUUGUUGAGUCACAAAUGCUUCAAAAGGAUGAUAUCACUGAACAUUAUGAGACAAUGCAGAAUGUGAGGAAGAGGCUAAGAGAACUGUGCACCGAGUAUCAAGCAACUGGUCCAACAGCAAGGCUAUUUAAUCAGCGGGGAGGCUCAAAGAACAACUCCCCACGCAAACUAGUGCAAAUUGUCAGUGGUAGAUGGAGUCCAUUCCAUGAUCCGUCUACGCCCACUCAUUCCAGUCCCCCUGCUGAACACGACAGAGCAAAACCAGCAAGACGACAGAGAUGCUUCACCGAAGUUCUGAGCUUUGAUGGGAGCAUCCUGAGGUCAUACGCACUCACUCCCGUGUACGAGGCUGCGACAAGAUCGGUCUCUGAAGAGCAACCAACCACACCAGCGAAACCGGAUCAUGAGGAUGCCAACACCAAGGAUGUGGCCUUACCAGGAGUCAAUCUGAUAUUUGAUGGAGCUGAGUUGCACCCAUUUGACAUCGUUGCCUGCCUUCAAGCUCGCCAACCUCUCUCAUUGAUAGCCGAGGCAUCGACAACAUCAUUGGCAAUGAAAUAA